AUGAAGAUGAAUAAAACCCGAGUUAUUCAUCUUCUUAUUCUUCUUCUUCUGACGAGCCAACUCGCUUAUAGCCGUCCGCUUUCAAACGAUGGGCAAAUGAUGAUGAAAUCCGACGGUGGUGAUGAGCCGGAGAGCCGGCCGGGUUUUCUCGAAUGGGGUCUUUCGAGCACGACAGAGACAUGCGAGCCGACUUACGGGUUUCUGCCGUGCUCGAGCAAUGCUUGGGGGCUUCUUUUCCUGAUCAUAGUGUACGAGAUAUUGCUGUCUAUUGGGGGAAGAUAUGUGGGGAUGGGCUCUGAGCUGUUUUUCCAGAUGAUUGGGCCUGGAAUUUUUGGAGCCAGCUUGUUUCACUUUCUGGGCACUAUCCCACAAAUUGUCUUGCUUCUUGUUUCAGCACUUUCGGGCUCUGUGGAAGCCGCUCAACAACGGGCCACGCUCGGGAUGGGAUUAGUCGCAGGGUCAACGGUUAUGCUUUUGACUUUGGUUUGGGGCAUUUGUGUUGUCCUAGGAAGCUAUGAUUUGUCUGAGCCUCCUACUGAUGGUGAUGAUAAAUCUGCAAGCCAGAAUAAUUUCUCAAAAGGUGGCAGUAAUUAUGGCGUUGUUACGGAUGCUGAGACGAGCUACACUGCUCGGCUGAUGUUGGUAACGUUGGUCCCCUUUUUCGUACUUUUACUAACAAAAGUUUUCAGCUCGUCUAGAGGGAGACAUGCGAUUAUUGUUAUCGCCUUCAUCAUCACGGUCGUUUUGCUCGUUGCUUAUAUCUUGUAUCAGAUAUUCAGGCCAUGGGUUCAGAACCGGAGAUUCGAGUAUUUGAUGAACAAAUAUGCCAAAGACAAGCUUCUUCGACUCCUCUCAAGAAACGGCAAACCCGACACUAGCAAAAUACAACGAUUGUUCGAUAGAAUAGAUAAGGACAGUAGUGCAUCGAUAUCAGCAUUGGAGCUCAGAGUUCUUCUCCUAGGAUUGAAAUUAGACGAUGAUUUGAGCACAGAAAGAGACGUCGAGAAUGUUCUAGAAUCUUUCGAUGCAUCGGGAGAUGGUCGUAUUACUCGUGAUGAGUUCGUCAAAGGCAUGACCAAAUUAGUCAACGACCUGUCUGACCAAACUCCCGGUCUCGUUAAAGUAUUCACCGGUAGCAAUUCCCAGAACCAAUUGCAGCAGAGUUUAUUAGCUAACAGCUCGGGAGCAAGGCGAAAUUCGAGCAUUAGUUCAUGGUUGAAUUACUUGAAAGCAUUUUCUUUCGUAAUAUUGGGCACGGUUUUGCUUUGCGCCCUUUCCGAGCCUCUAAUUAACAGUGUCGUGGGUUUUAGUCAAGCCGCGAACUUAUCUUCAUUCAUCGUCUCGUAUUUGGCAAUACCUUUUGCUAUGAACUAUGGAGUCGCGGUUGGUUCAAUUGCUUCCGCUAGGCAGAAAUCACAAAAAUCGAUCUCUCUAACACUUUCUUCUCUAUAUGGUGGUGUAUACAUGAACAACAUUAUGGGCCUGAUAGCAUUUCUUGCCCCGGUUUUCCUUAGGCAUUUGUGGGCCGAUGUUUUCGGAGAAAUUCUGGUGGUUUUGAUCGUCUGCAUCUUGAUGACUGUGCUCACGAGCAUGCGGACGAUGUUUACUCGUCUCACGGGCUAUCUCGUGCUGCUGCUGUACCCGAUUUCGCUGGCCUUGGUUUAUUUGCUUACCUCUUUCAUGUGA